UCAUCAUCUCCAUAAACCCAACAUUAUAUAUACAUUUUUUUUGUUUAUUUUAAUAUUUUUAUUUUUACCGCUUCGGGUUCUCCGACUCUCUUCACUCACGCUUAUGUGGAGGGUUUUUUUUUAUAUUCAGAAUCCAGGCUCGAUCCAACAAUGGCGGAUUUUCCCUCAUCAUUUGCUCCAUCAUUUCACCAUUAACCUAACUUCCAUAGUUGGUGUACGAGGAUUGUGGUGGAGCUUUGCAUGUUUAUCUACAUUGAGGAGAUGAAUUAUUGAAUUGAUAUACACCAAUUGGGUGGAGUUAGUGUAUCAAUAUUGAGUAUUCAGCAUUUGGGCUUUGGAGAAUUUCGUAUUUAGGGUUUGUAGAUGUGUUAUUCCGAGAUAGGGUGGUUAUAAUUGGGUGUUUCCGGCUGUUGUUCUAUGCUAUUCGCUAAAUUUUUUCUGUAAUUUCAGGAUUUCAGCCUUAUUUUUGCCGCCAAUUUCUUCUUAAAAGCCAAUCUUUUGGGUAAUUAGUAGCGGCGUCUCUCCACGGGGUUGUAUCUUUCGAUCUGCUGGCUUGGCAUGUGUGAUUAGAAAAGGGGUCCUCCUGUCACAAUGUGGAGGAUCCCUGCUGGCCGUGAUACUACUUAUGGUUUCUCUCAGUGACUUGGAUGUGACUAUUUAUUGAAAAUCCAUGUUUUAUCGGAUUUUAUUGGGUUACUAAAGUGGGUUUUCAGGGUAGAUGGAGAGGGGAUAUCAUGGGUUUUAAGGCCGUUUGCAUUUGGUAAUAUAGACCAGUAGUUUUGAGCUUUCGGAGAAGGUGGAAUUAUUUGAAUAUUUUGAGGAUUAUUGGGUUACUUUGAAAUUUGGAGCAAAUGUUCUCGCCUGGCGGUGAUCCUGCACCUGAAAGCAGCGGAGUGGUUGUCAUUCCGACCCGUUUUGUUUGGCCUUAUGGUGGGAGAAAGGUCUUCCUCUGUGGUUCUUUUCUAAGGUGGUCAGAGCAUAGGCAAAUGUCUCCUGUGGAAGGUUGCCCAACUGUUUUUCAGGCCAUCUGCAAUUUAACACCAGGAUAUCACCAGUAUAAGUUUUAUGUUGAUGGGGAGUGGCGAUAUGACGAACGCCUACCUUUUGUGAAUGGAAACUAUGGAAUAGUCAAUACCAUCGUGCUUGCCAGAGAACCUGAGCCUGUACCUCCUGUUUUGCUUCCAGAAACCCCUGGCUCUGGAGUGAACAUGGAUGUGGAUAAUGAGAUAUUCAGACGUGCGGUCACAUUGUCGGAUGGUGCCCUGCAGGAGCCGGUCCCGAGGAUAUCAGAGGCUGAUAUUGAUGUCUCACGUCAGCGGGUGUCUGUAUUCUUAUCUACACAUACGGCUUAUGAGUUACUACCUGAGUCAGGCAAGGUUUUCGCUCUUGAUGUCAACUUGCCCGUAAAGCAAGCAUUCCAUAUCCUUUAUGAGCAGGGAAUUUCUGUUGCCCCUCUUUGGGACUCUUACAGGGGACAACUCGUGGGCAUUCUUAGCGCUUUGGAUUUCAUAUUAAUCUUGAGAGAGCUUGGAAAUCAUGGUUCGAGUUUGACCGAGGAACAACUUGAAACACACAAAAUAUCUGCAUGGAAGGAGGAAAAGUUACACCUAAACAGGCAAGCUGAAGGGAGUUCAAGACAAUUAGAGAGGCAAUUAAUCCAUGCUGGUCCUUUUGAUACCUUGAAAGAUGUAGCUCUAAAAAUUCUUCAAAAUGGGGUUGCUACCAUUCCAAUUAUCCAUUCUUCUUCACGAGAUGGGUCAUUUUCUCAGUUGCUUCACUUGGCAUCACUUUCUGGAAUACUGAAAUGUAUUUGCAGGCAUUUUAGACAUUCAUCUAGCUCAUUGCCUAUUCUAGAACAACCAAUUUGUUCAAUGGGUUUGGGUACUUGGGUUCCGAAAAUAGGGGACCCGAAUGGACGCCCUUUAGCAAUGUUGAGACUGAAUUCCUCUCUAAGUGCUGCCCUCUCAUUAUUGCUGCAAGCCCAAGUUAGUUCAAUUCCCAUCGUCAAUGACAGUGACUCCCUGGUAGAUAUAUAUUCUAGAAGCGAUAUCACAGCUUUGGCAAAAGACAGAGCUUAUGCACAGAUUCGCCUUGAUGAAAUGAACAUUCAUCAGGCCCUGCAACUAGGACAAGAUGCAAACUCUCCUUACAGCUACUUGAAUGGGCAGCGGUGUCAGAUGUGCCUCCGUUCUGAUCCUCUUCAUAAAGUUAUGGAACGGUUGGCAAUCCCAGGGGUUCGGCGAGUUGUGGUCGUGGAAGCUGGCACCAAGCGUGUGGAGGGCAUUAUUUCCCUGAGUGACGUGUUCAGGUUUCUGCUUGGGUAGAACCCCAAGCCAAAGCAAGGUCCCUGAACUGGAUGGCACCAAUGGCAAGGAAGAAAGCCCACAAGAAAAAAGUAAAAAAAAAGAAAAGCAACGAGGAGUGUAAAAUCUCAGUUUUGGCCAUUAUGCCUUGCCUUCUUUUCUUUGAUUGGAUGGGCCUCGGCUGUAGAGCCGUGUCUCGUAUUGGGGAGGCUCGAGGUCUGUAAAUUGGAGGGGUUAUAUUUUUUUUUUUUACCUUCUGUCAAUUUUCCGUUCUUUAGUAGUCCAACCAUGUAUGUGCUUAUUAUGCCUUCCAUGUUUUUUGAAGAGCAUCACAUUCAUAUUCUACUUGCUACCUGACAGCAGAAAAAUGUGAAAAAAACGAAAAAAAAAAAAAAAGAACUUUGACAUCGAGAUGUAGUUGUUCGUCGGUGAUGCAAGCACCAUGUCAGUGGUAACAGUUGACUGGUGCCUUUGCCUGUGCUUUUAGUGGGCAGGCACGGUCAAUUCAGAAACUGGUGAUCUCCUGUUAAUUCCUAUUUUCCAUUAAAUUUUCUGGUUUUAUUUUAUAAUAAAUUUAGUUAAAUAAAUCAUUGGACUUUCUAUUAGUGAGACCCAUCUAUAAUGUGGGUUCUGUUUUCUACUGGUUUGUUAGUUGUUUAUUCGAGCAUUAUUGUACU